AUGGAGCUAACACUAGAUCAGUUGAAGCAGUACGAUGGCACAGAUCCAUCAAACCCCAUAUACAUCGGCGUGAAGGGUCGUAUCUUUGAUGUAAGCACCGCAAAGCCCUUCUAUGGUCCUGGCGGCUCCUACGCAAUGUUUGCCGGUAAAGAUGCGAGCAGGGCCCUAGCCAAGAUGAGCAAGAACGAUGAGGAUGUUAUUGGAUCUCUCCAUGGGCUCACCGAAAAGGAGUUGGGAAUUCUUGAUGAUUGGGAAAAGAAAUUCGAAGCUAAGUACCCAAUUGUUGGUUCUCUCGCUGCUUAA